GUCUUGCCUUUGUUCCCUCCUUCGCCCCCGAACUUCAGAGAGGGGAUCGAGCAAUUAGGGCUCGGAGAUCUGUCGUAUGCUUGCCUGAUAGAAGAGCGGUUUCAAAAGAACAUAUUCGGGGUUUUAUUGAUCGUCUCUUAGGGUUUGUAAAUCGAUCCCCACUUUCAUCCUAAGCGUUGGGCUUCGAUUCGCCACGAGAAUGGCGACUUCAUCAGUGGCCUUUAAGUCCCGUGAGGACCAUCGGAAACAGCUUGAACUGGAAGAAGCUCGAAAGGCCGGUUUGGCUCCAGCAGAACUUGAUGAAGAUGGGAAAGAGAUCAACCCUCAUAUUCCUCAGUAUAUGUCCUCUGCACCUUGGUAUCUUAAUGCUGAGAGACCAAGUUUGAAACAUCAAAGGAAGUGGAAAUCUGAUCCGAACUACACUAAGGAUUGGUAUGACAGAGGUGCAAAAAUAUUCCAGGCUGAUAAGUACAGGAAAGGUGCAUGUGAAAACUGUGGUGCAAUGACUCAUACCACUAAAUCGUGCAUGGAAAGGCCUCGGAAGGUAGGUGCAAAAUGGACAAAUAAGCACAUAGCGCCAGAUGAGAAAAUAGAGGCUUUUGAACUUGAUUAUGAUGGGAAACGUGAUCGUUGGAAUGGUUAUGAUGCUUCUACAUAUGCUCGUGUUAUUGAGCGGUAUGAAGCUAGAGAUGAAGCUCGUCGGAAAUAUCUUAAAGAGCAACAGAUUAAAAAGUUGGAAGAAAAGAACAAUAAAGAGAAGGAAGAUAACAGUGACAGUAGUGAUGAUGAUGAUGAUGAUGAUGAAGAUGAUGAUGAAGACGAGUUGAAGGUUGAUGAAGCCAAGGUUGAUGAGAGUAAGCAGAUGGACUUUGCAAAGGUUGAGAAACGUGUGCGCACAACCGGUGGUGGCAGCACAGGAACUGUUAGGAAUUUGCGUAUCCGUGAAGAUACUGCCAAAUAUCUUUUGAACCUUGAUGUCAAUUCUUCCUACUAUGAUCCAAAAACUCGAUCCAUGAGAGAGGAUCCUCUUCCAGAUGCUGAUCCAAAUGAGAAGUUCUAUGGAGGGGAUAACCAAUAUCGUGCAAGUGGGCAGGCAUUGGAGUUUAAGCAACUCAAUAUCCAUGCAUGGGAAGCUUUUGAGAAAGGGCAAGAUAUUCAUAUGCAGGCAGCCCCAUCUCAAGCUGAACUACUCUAUAAAGAAUUUAAGGUGAAAAAGGAGAAGCUGAAGUCUCACAUGAAGGAUGCCAUCAUGGAAAAGUAUGGAAAUGCAGCCUCCGAAGAAGAACUUCCAAGGGAACUUCUACUAGGACAGAGUGAGAGGGAGGUUGAGUAUGAUCGUGCUGGCCGAAUCAUUAAGGGCCAGGAGAAAGCUCUUCCAAAAAGCAAGUAUGAGGAAGAUGUUUAUAUUAAUAAUCACACAAGUGUUUGGGGUUCAUGGUGGAAGGACCAUCAGUGGGGAUACAAGUGUUGCAGGCAGACCAUCCGGAACAGCUACUGUACUGGUUCAGCAGGAAUUGAGGCUGCAGAAGCAGCAGCUGAUCUAAUGAAAGCAAAUAUAGCCCGUAAAGAAGCAACAGAAGAAAAACCUGCUGAGGUAGAAGAGAAGAGACUGGCUGUCUGGGGCACUGAUGUUCCUGAGGACUUGGUUCUGGAUCAGAAACGUCUUGCCGAAGCACUUAAAAAGGAGGAUGAAAGAAAAAGAGAAGAGAGAGAUGAAAGAAAGCGGAAGUACAAUGUUAAAUGGAAUGAUGAGGUUACUGCAGAAGAUAUGGAAGCUUACAGGAUGAAGAAGAUCCAUCGUGACGAUCCAAUGAAGGAUUUCUUGCACUGAGUGGUCUGUUGGGGGCGGUGCUGCCAUGACUCAGAAACCAGUGACAGACAUGUCGGGAUAAGCUUGUGCGAAGAGGGGAAACUUAUGCGCAUGCAUGAAGUACGGACUUGUGUAUGCUUUAACUAUGGUCUGUUUUGUGACAUGCGCUCACACGUUUUGUGUGAGCAAAUAUGUGGCAGUUAGACACUUGCGGCAGUCGUAGAUUAUUAAACAAAACUAGCCGAGGCGAAGCGUGCUCUUGGAGAUAUCUCAUGCAGGCACUCAGGCGGUUCUCAACAAUAAGCGUCUUCAAUGUACCUUAUUUUUGUUCUGAUUACGGUUCACACUGAACUCGCGCUUUUGAGUGCUAAAGAAGCACUUCUUUUGUAAUGUGAAGGUUGGUUAUUGUGCACUUGGCUACGAAGUGUAUAUAUACAAAUGUGCAUUAUGUCUCUUUGUAA